AUGAAGGGAGCACUGCUUGUGCUGGCCUUGCUGGUGACCAGAGAGCUGACCUUCAAGACGAGUGAGGUGGAAGCCUGCCCUGUGUUUUAUGAAGGCCUUAGUGGUGUGAUCCUUGGACUCCCAGAUAAAGCAUUGAAUGAAACCUUGGAUGCGAUUGAUGCUAAUGAAGAUGAAAAAGCAGCCGUUGAAAAAGUCCGGGAUUGCUUCACUGAAGCAGGACCUGAGAACAGGUUUAAUAACCUGAAAUAUAAGGUGUCCAUCAUCUUCAGUAACGAUUGCACCGGCUAUAAAUUGUCUUCGGUGGUGAAUGCUCUUAUAGGAUUGGUUUCCAGUCUGCUCUCUUUGGUGGGAUAA